UCAGUGUCUAGGUUUGGAAUAGCUUUUCUCUGUAGAAAUUUGAUUAAUUGAUUAGUUCAGAGUGCGUCUUAUUACUCAAACUGGUUAGUUUGGAUAUUGUGUUUUCAGUUUUGAAAACUACCCCUGACCUUACCAGAACAUCUGCCUAAUUAUUAAUUGUUUCACUAAAAUUUCUCUUGUGCUAUGUUCUCAACAGAUUUUGUACUCUCAGGUGAUUGGUGAGCCCCAGUGCUUUCUUCUACCAUUAUUAUUAAUUUAAAAAUGUAUUUCGUGAUCAGGGGGCAAGGAGGGGUGGAUGUGAUGAUCAGGUAUGGCACUUAAUACAUCUGUAUAGAAUACAUUAAUUGCUAGGUCAGCAAUUGCAAAACAAAUAGAGAAGUUUCAAAUAAAAAAUAAUCCCAUAGUCAUCAGAAUACACAUACAUAUUUAUGUUUACUUUUCUAGCAUAAGAUAAUUUGUUCUGAUCUGUUUUACUGGCUUAUAGUCUUGCUGUAGUCUGGAUCAGGUGUAGCAUAUGUCCUAGUUGUGUUACCAGAAUGAUAAUCACUUCUUUGGUGAGUUAGUGCAUUUCCCUUUGGUACCAGGCCAAACUCCAGGUAGUUAUUCUGCUGUAGUUCAUUAGUAAAAGCUCCCAAGUCUUUAGUCAAAUGGGGUAUUUAUUCUGAGCCUUCUGUUGGGCAGUGUUAUCUCUAUGAGUUGUGCCCCCAGGAGUUGCAGGGCAUCUUGGUGAGUGAACUAUCUUCCCUUUUUUGUAUCACUUGGCACAAUCUAUUUUCUUCUCUUCUGAAAUUAUGACCAUUUUAAAAGCUGUGACUUAGAUUUUUAAAUUCUAAGCAUUUUAAACUUACGAGAAAGACUUUAAUGCACAGAAAAUUCCUGGAAGAAUGUGUACAGUAGUGGGACCAUAGGGCAAGAUUAAGAAACUAAUACUUUUCAUGUUAUACCUGUAUGAACUAUUAGGACAUAUGUAUGUAUAUAUAUGUAUAUAUUUUAUCAUGGCAUGCAUUAUUUUUGUAAUUUAAAAAAUUAGUUGAAAAGAUUCUGAAAAAUCUGAUUUAAUGUGGGAAGCCGUCAUUAAUACUUGGUUCUUUGAACUUCCUGUUGUUGUCACUUUGUAUGUACGAUCCUCUCCCUGAUAGACUAUUCAGAUUUCCCCUGCCACCACCCCCUAGACAGUUUGUUCAUUUAUGUAUUCCUUUCUUCAGUUUAUUUAUUUAUUGAGGGCCUAAUAUGUGCUAGGCACAGUGUAGACAAUGUAGAUUUAGGGAACAAGCAAGUACCAAACAGCACAGACAUGGUUUCUGCUUUCAAGCAACUUGUAAUCUCAACAGAUUUUUUAAGUGAAGGUACAUGUAAUCAUUACAAUUGUGUUAAGGGCUUUAAGGAAAAGUACAGGUUCCUAUGAGAGCAUCCAGUAUGGGCAUCACGGCUGUUGUGGGCAAGUCAGGAAAAGGUUCCUUGUGGAAGCAACGUUUUACUUUGAAUAUGAAAGAAGAGUAAAGGCUAGUCAAGCAAUGAGAUGGGGAGAGGGAAUGUGUAAAGGAGCUUGUUCCACUUAGGGCCUAGGAAAGGCUCGCAUGUUUGGAAUGAGAGAUGGGUGAGAUGAGGCUGCAGAGGUAGAAUGGACCCAGAGCUUUGUUAGUCAUUUAAAGGAUUUUGAAAUUUGUUUUAAAGACAGUGGAGAGCAUGGAAGAAAUGAAACCAGGAGAGUAAGGUGAUCAGGCUUGGAUUUUAAAAAGAUAACUCUGAAUGCAGUGGGGGAAAUAGUUUAAAAGGGGGCAAAUAGUAGGUAGGAUGUGAGGUGAACAGUUAGGAGGCAUUAUUUGUUUUUAAAUUCAAGCCCCCAACCCCAUCUUGCACAGUAGGUAUUUAACAGAUUUGUUGAUUAAAGGAAUGGUUCACCUACAGUUUGUAUGUUCUUUUUUCUUUUUUUAAUUUUGCACUUCAUUUAUUCCUUUAAAACAAGACCUUCAUACAGCAUACAGAUAUUAAAAUCAGAUACAGUUUGUAUUUUUGAUAAAAGCCAGGCCCCUCUUCUCAAACGUUUAGGAUUUUUAAGCAAAAGACCGGGUGAUUUAAAGACAGGACUAUCUUGUAUCCGGUCUUUAUUUCUAAAUUGGAGCAGUAUCUUUAGUAGUAGUCUCUGUUGCUCUUGAGGAAGUGGAAACAGUGCAGCUUGUCAUUUCAGCUUCUCUUGAGAUUUUUCAUGGCAGCUGCAAGAACUUACAACUUAAAGGCUUUCCUUGCAAUUUACAAGACGGAUCCUUUUCCUACUGUCAGUAUCCCUGUAUGAUUGGACAAGUUAGCCCUAUGGUUUCUUCCACAGCACAAGUAGACAGUAGGCUCCAUGUGUUAGGGCCUACUGCUGCCUGCGUCUGCAGAGAUGAGCUUCUGAUGGAAUUUUACCUAGGAAGGUGGCUUGCUCAUUCAUUCAACCAGUUUUGAUAAUCUCUUGCCAAUUGUCUAACCCAGUGUUUCCCAAAUGUCUAUUAUUCUUUUGCCCAAUCUGAUUAUUUUUAACUCUAUUAUAGUAGUAUUACUUACUUAAUAUUUUUCUAAGUUAACUUUUACACUUAAAUUUAUUAAAAAUAAUCCAUAUCGUUAUCAAUAAUGGAAAACCUGUCACUUGCCUUGAGAAAACAAAACGAUAAAAACAAGUAUAAUGAAAACAAAACAAUGUUUUUAAAGCCUUAACUGGAUUCUGAUACUCUGAAACUCUGAGUCUGAGACCUGUCCCUUUCCUGUUUAAAAAAGGACAUUAGCCAGUAUUAAAGAAGUGAUAGGCUAACACCAAACUGAGACUAUCUCCCUAAUAUAAAGGAAAUGAUAGAAGAGAACAGCUUUCUCUCAUUGUGUUAUCUAGUGCUGUUUGCAAGGACUACCUAAAAACAUUUCACUUGGAGUGGUACCCAAGAAAACAUUGGUACCAUGAAAACAGUGGUACACUUUGAAAACAUUGCCAUAACUGAUACAUCAUCAUCUUACUGUUUCCUCUGCCGAUUUGUGGAUGGCUGAUUUUUGCUCACUCAUGUUAUUAAGGGAACACCACUAAUCCUCAUGGUCAAACCACAAUUGUCCUUGAGUCAAGUUUUAAAAAGACUUAACUAAAAAGACUGGCUUAGGAUAUCAUUUUUAUUGGCUUUUCCCCCCCUAAAGGCUGCUUAAUUUGUAUUCCAGAGUCAGAAAUAUAAAAUGAAAAUAAACUUUUCCCAAAAGACUCAGCAACCAAUGUCACCUAGGCAUCCAGGAAAGGAGAGCCUGACAGCAGGCUGAACGAGGUGGAGUGUAUGAGUUCAAACUCUUUUGGGUGUAAGGAACAAAAGCCCAUUGACACUGGCUCAAGUAAAGGGGGGUUUCUACAAACCCUUCUGGGAGUCUAGGCAGGAACACAGUGUUCCCUGGCCUUAGGGAAACUGGAAAGUUGUCAGGAUCUGAAGCAUCUUUCUCAGGUGCUUAUUUCUGCUUUUAUCUGUGUGUGUCUAUGCUUUUCUCUGAUUCUUCAGACCUUUUUUUUUCUGCUUACUCAUCAGUUUACCCAGGGCCCAGCAUGUUGGCUUUGUGGCCACACCAGGCUGUGGCUAGAGAAGGGAGAGGUCAUUAGCCUCUCCCCACAAGCUUAAUCAGCACCACCCCUCCCAAUUUUUAAAUGAAGAUAAUUGACAUUUUACAUGCCUUUAUAAAUGUUAUAUAAACGAAGAGUCAAGAGAUAAUUCCUUUUCUUCUCUGCCCAUCAUCCAACUUGCAUCCCCUAAGACUCCUUCAAAAUGGAAAUUCUGGAGCUGCCACUGGUAACCUCAGAUUUGAGAUAUUUGUUGACUUCCAAAUGAGGUUCCCCACAGCUUUCUGAUUCUGGCUUUCAGUGUUGCAGUUACAGAUUACUAGGAAGAGACUUGAUUUACCCAGUUUGGGUCAAGUGUCCACCCAUUGUGCUGCAGAUUCAUGGUCUAAACAUGGUCAUCUAGUCCUACCCUUUCAGCAGUAGAGUUAUUGGAAACCAUUGCCAAAGAAGAGGGCACAGGUAGGUAGGUACAGUAUUUUAGAGUCUUGUCAGCUACAGAGGGAAAGGUUAAAUAUCCUGAAAGCCCUGAUCUCUGGCCUGAUCCACUUAUGGUCAGAUCCUAGAGCUGGGGUCUCAUCAAAGAUACCUACUUUUUAAGAAGACUUUGAAAUAUGCUCUGUAAACCUGGACUCUUGCAGUCUAGGUAAGAAGUAAUUCAGAACUGACUCAGAAUGAGAUCAGCAUCAAGUUAUUAGGAAGAGAAGGUGUCACUGAGCUGAAAUAUCUCUUGUCAGAUACUCUGUAAGGACAAGUGAUGGCCUGUCAGCUGAGCUAUUUAAGAAAACUUGUAUUAGAUAUUUGGUAGCAAAAGACUGUAUGCUUUUAGAUUUCUGUGAUUCUGCUCUCUCUCUACUUGAGUAUUAGCUCAUUGAUCUUCCUUUCUAGAUUAUGGUUCCUUCUACAGUAAGGCUCUUUUUGACCUUCUCCCUAGAUUGUGAUUCCCUCAGAGUAAGGCUUCUUAAUCUUUUUUACAUAGCAUUACUUUGUGCUCAUCAAUAUUAAGUGCAUUGAAGAAAGACUGAAGAGAUGAAUCGAGAUGAAUUGAGAUGAAUCAUAGACUGUCAUAAAAUGAUAGUCUAUUUCUGUUAUUUGGGAUACUCUGGUCACUAAGGCCAUAGAUUAUUUUGACUUGUUAUGCCUCCUCUGUCCCUGUGCUGACUUGGGACCCUGAUGAGCAAAGAUGGACCAGUAGUCCUAGUAGAUUGUGAACUGGCCUCUGUUCAGGCAUCUUCUAUAUUUAGAAUUGACAGCUACCAUCCAGUUUUCCACUUACAAUGCUUCUCAUUUUUCUUUUCUGGAAAUGAAUCUUUGCUUUAAUUUCAUAUUUAUAUGUGUACACACACAUAUAUGUAUUUACAGAUAAAUAUAUAUAUUUACUAAUAGACUUUAUUUUUUAGAAUAGUUUUAGGUUUAUAGAAAAGUGAGCAGAAAGUACAGAGUUCCUAUAUAUCCCCCUGCCAUACCUCUGCCAGUCUCCUCUAUUUACCUCUUGCAUUGGAGGGGUACAUUUGUUACAACUCCCAAGCCAAAAUGGUAUGUUAUUAUUAACUAAAGUCCAUAAUUAACUAGUUUACAUUAGGGGUCAUUCUUUGUGUUGCACAUUCUAUAGGUUUUAACAAAUGUAUGAUGGCGUGUAUCUUGUUAUUACAUUAUCAUACAGAAUAGUUUUACUGCCUUAAAAAAUCCCCUGUGUUCCACCUACUCAUCCCAUACUUAGCCUCUUACUGUCUAUAAUUUUUUUCUUUUCCAGAAUGUCAUAUAGUUGGAAUCAUACAGUAUGUAGUCUUGUCAGGUUGACUCCUUUCACUUAGCAAUAUGCAUUUAAGUUUCCUCCAUGUUUUUUUGUGGCUUACUAGCUCAUUUCUUUUUUAUUGCUAAGUAAUAUUCCAUUGUAUGGGUGUGCCACAAUGUGUUUAUCCAUUCAUAUAAUUAUAUGAAUUAUAAUAGGUAAUUCAUUCAUUAUCUAUUCAUUUAUAUUUAUUAACUUCUUGAUUGCUGCCAAGUUUUGGCAACUAUGAGUAAAGCUGCUAUAAACAUUGGUGUGCAGGUUUUUGUGUGGAAGUAAGUUUUCAACUCAUUUGGGAAGAUACAGUACCAAGGAGUGUGAUUGCUGAAUUAUAUGAUUAUCUUGAUAAUGGUAAUAAUAAAAUGGCAAUUCAGCAAGCAGAUAAGUUGUUGAAGAAACAUAAGGAUCUUCAUUGUGCUAAGGUUUUAAAGGCAAUUGGUUUACAGAGAACUGGAAAGCAAGAGGAAGCCUUCACUUUGGCGCAGGAGGUGGCAGCCCUUGAACCCACAGAUGACAACUCGCUUCAGGCGCUUACUAUCCUUUACCGGGAAAUGCAUCGACCGGAGUUAGUUACAAAACUCUAUGAGGCAGCUGUGAAGAAAGUCCCCAACAGUGAGGAAUAUCACUCUCACCUCUUCAUGGCCUAUGCCAGAGUGGGCGAAUACAAGAAAAUGCAACAGGCUGGCAUGGCUCUAUAUAAGAUUGUCCCCAAAAACCCUUACUACUUUUGGUCUGUGAUGAGCUUAAUUAUGCAAUCUAUAUCGGCACAGGAUGAAAACCUCUCAAAAACAAUGUUUCUGCCCCUUGCUGAGAGAAUGGUAGAAAAAAUGGUGAAAGAGGACAAGAUAGAAGCAGAGGCUGAAGUUGAACUUUAUUAUAUGAUCCUGGAACGUUUAGGAAAGUACCAGGAAGCCUUGGAUGUCAUCAGAGGAAAAUUAGGAGAGAAGUUGACAAGUGAGAUUCAGAGUCGGGAAAAUAAAUGCAUGGCUAUGUACAAGAAGCUGAACAGGUGGCCAGAGUGCAAUGCCCUUUCCCGGCGCCUCUUACUGAAAAACUCAGAUGACUGGCAGUUCUAUCUGACUUAUUUCGAUUCUGUCUUUCGACUGAUUGAAGAGGCCUGGACUCCUCCUGCUGAAGGUGAACACUCUUUAGAAGGAGAAGUACAUUAUUCUGCAGAAGAAGCUGUGAAGUUUAUAGAAGAUCGGAUAACAGAAGAAUCUAAAAGCUCUCGCCAUCUCCGAGGACCACAUCUUGCUAAACUGGAGUUGAUUAGACGUUUACGUCGUCAAGGUUUUAAUGAUGAAUACAAACUGGGUGAUCCGGAAGAAUUAAUGUUCCAGUAUUUUAAAAAGUUUGGGGAUAAACCUUGUUGUUUUACAGACCUCAAGGUGUUUGUUGAUCUUUUGCCUGCAACACAGUGUACAAAAUUUAUUAAUCAGUUACUUGGAGUUGUUCCUUUGUCAACACCAACAGAGGAUAAGCUGGCACUGCCUGCUGACAUCAGAGCUCUGCAGCAACAUUUGUGUGUGGUGCAGCUGACGAGGUUACUUGGCUUGUACCACACUGUGGAUAAAAAUCAGAAAUUGAGUGUGGUCAGAGAAUUGAUGUUAAGGUACCAGCAUGGACUGGAAUUUGGGAAAUCCUGUUUGAAAACCGAAUUACAGUUUUCAGACUAUUACUGUCUCCUUGCUGUCCAUGUGCUUGUUGAUAUAUGGAGAGAAACAGGUGAUGAGACUGCUGUAUGGCAGGCCCUGACUUUGCUGGAAGAGGGAUUAACACACAGCCCUUCCAAUGCUCAAUUCAAAUUGCUGCUUGUUCGAAUCUACUGUAUGCUGGGGGCAUUUGAACCAGUGGUGGAUCUGUAUUCCAGCCUUGAUGCUAAACAUAUCCAGCAUGAUACCAUUGGUUAUCUCUUGACCCGAUACGCUGAAGCCCUAGGUCAAUAUGCUGCUGCAUCCCAGUCCUGUAACUUCGCACUCAGGUUUUUCCACUCCAACCAGAAAGAUACCUCAGAAUAUAUUAUUCAAGCUUACAAAUAUGGUGCAUUUGAGAAGAUCCCAGAGUUUAUCGCGUUUAGGAACAGGCUGAAUAAUUCUCUUCAUUUUGCACAAGUCCGUACUGAACGGAUGUUGUUAGACCUUCUACUUGAAGCAAAUAUAUCAACCAGCUUAGCAGAAAGUAUAAAGUCAAUGAAUCUUCAGCCAGAAGAAGAUGACAUUCCAUGGGAAGCCUUGCGAGACAAUAGAGACUUAAAUGUUUUCUUUAGCUGGGAUCCAAAAGACAGGGAUGUUUCUGAAGAACAUAAGAAACUUUCCUUGGAGGAGGAGACCGUGUGGUUAAGAAUCCGUUCCUUAACAUUGAGGCUUAUCAGUGGACUUCCAAGUCUUAACCACUCUGUGGAGCCAAAGAACUCAGAGAAGACCACUGAGAAUGGUGUAUCUUCCCGGAUUGACAUUCUUCGUUUGCUCCUUCAACAGCUGGAGGUGGCCAUGGAGACGGGAAAGCGAUUUAUUGAGAAAGAAAUUCAGUAUCCUUUCCUUGGUCCUGUACCUACGAGAAUGGCUGGAUUCUUUAAUUCUGGCUGUUCUCAGUGUCAGACCAGUUCUUUUUAUCUUGUUAGUGAUAUUCAUGAGCUGGACGCCAAUGGCUUAGAGGAUACAGUGGAGAUCCAGGAGCGAGUAGAGAAUAGUCUUAAGUCUUUACUAGAACAGUUAAAAGAUGUUUUCAGUAAAUGUAAAGGUGACCUCUUAGAAGUUAAAGAUGGUAACUUGAAAACACAUCCUACUCUUUUAGAAAAUCUAGUCUUCUUUGUUGAGACUAUUUCCAUUAUCCUUUGGGUGUCUGGUUACUGUGAGAGUGUCCUGCGACCAUACAAAUUAAACUUACAGAAAAAGAAAAAGAAGAAAAAAGAAACCAGCAUCAUCAUGGUAAUAGGAGAGAAAACACAAGUAACAACCUGGCCACAUGCUGAUUUUUCUUUUCACUGUUUUCCUGCUUUUCCACCUGUCCUUACCGGUUUCCAAGACUACGUGACUGGGCUUCAGACUUUAAUUUCUAAUGUUGUGGAUCAUAUUAAAGGGCUUGAAACACAUCUAAUUGCACUUAAACUUGAAGAACUUAUUUUAGAAGACACUUCUCACUCACUGGAAGAGAAAAAAUUUUCAAAGACUGUGCAAGGGAAGGUGCAGAGCAGUUAUCUGCACUCACUUCUGGAAAUUGGGGAGCUGCUGAAAAAAAGACUUGAGACUACAAAGAAACUAAAAAUUUAGGGAAGUGUGAACCACAGGCACUGAUGACUCCACAACAGAAAAUGACAUCAUCUUCCCAGGCAAAACUACACCUGGUUGACCAUCAUUUUAAUCCAGAACUUCCUCAUAAAAUGCAUGAAGGACUUUGAUUGUGAAUUAAUUUUUUAGGUAUUAAAUGUAUACAACUGAUUAAAUUAUUGUAUAUAAACCAGAAGCAGGACCCUCAUCUGGGUUUGACCACUUUUUAUACAUGUUCAUAUGCAUAUGGCAGCCACAAGAGAGCCCCACUUUUCUUCUUCCCUCCCAUCACCAGAAACAUUUGGUGGGGUUAGGGGUCCUGUAAAAGCAGCAAUAGAAAUUAAGCAUAAAGCAUCAACCUCAGAGCAGCUGAAUGGCCCUAUUAUUAGCAGUGGGUGUUUUGGUCUGGCCCUUAAGCCUUAGGAAGCAGAAGUAGAGGGGGACCGUGAUUGAGCUCAGGCCCUUCCACAUCAGCAGUUCAUUUUUGAGGCUUCCUCAGCUGGUUGGCUCCCACAGAACCCAAGGCAGGUGAAAAGGUCUCAGAUGAAAUUUGGCAUAAGCACCUGUCACUGAAGGGCACCACUCAGACACAGAUGUUCUAUUUUGGCUGAAUAGUCCGACAGCCAAGACUCUAACCUAGUUCCUGUGAGAGUUAAUUCAUUAACUUAGAGCUGUUUGGAGGGGCAAGCAGUGCAGACCACUUGUAAUCUUGCCCAGGACUAGCUUUCUUUCAUCCAUCUUUGGGAAAGAUGGGAAUCACUUUAAAGAGGUGUACAUAAUUUAUGCAGGCAAGUCUAAUGCCAAUGUCAUUGGUUUUGUGAGAUAUAUAUAUAUAUGUAUAUGCUUUUACAUAUAUACAUAUGUGUAUUUUCAAGUAUAUGUGUAUAUACUUGUUUAUGUGUAUAUACACAUUUGCACUUGAAAAUGAAGAUUUAAUACUUUAGUGUUUUUUAAGUGGGGGGUUUGGGAAGGAAGGAAUAUAUAUUACGAACUUAACCUAGGUUUUAAGUUUUAGGGUGGGAAAAGAAAUGUUGUCCAUUAGGUUUGACGUUCAGUGUACUUUCUUCAAACUUGAGAGUUCCACCAGGAUGGUGUUUACACACUUGGAGCUCCCCAAGACUAUAGCUUCAAGGGUUGGUCUGACAGAAAAGAUAAACAUUGCUCUUGAAAAUGUUAUACAGUUUAUACAAUUGCUUUGAUAACUUUUGUGUUUGAAUCUGUGCUUGUUUUUGGGCUUUGUUACUCAAAUACUGUUAAAGUUAGUAAUUCUGUAAGAGCAAAGAAAUGAAUUUGUUGAGGAAAUGCAAGCAUCUGAUAGAGGAUUGGUCUUGAAGACCUUAAAGGCCGUUACAACUCCCUUCUCCAGUGAAAUGUGAUCCUUUUUUCCUUUGAAAGCAACCAAAAGAGAGCUUGGGAAAUCUCUGUAUGCAAAACAAAUGCAUUUUUGUUCUUGGCUUCUCAUUUUGACUUUCUUUGACUCAAAACAGUUUGAUAGGGUGAUUAAUCUGUUUAAACUUCCAAGCAAAUACUUUUAGAAAAUUACAUUACCUGUUUAAAAUAAGAUGUUAGAAAUCCUAUCCCAUCAAGUAAUUUCAAGAAAUUAUUUCUGAUAUAAUUGGCAGCUACAGUUCUCACACCCAUCCCAAACGGAAGAACUGCUUUGAACAGAUGAAUUGAAAAUUCUGAUUGAUUCUAAAUUUGAUUUAAUGACAUCAUAAUUUCAUAAAACUAAGGCCUAUUUAGAUGGAACUUUGUGUGUGUAUGGCAUGUGUUCUUGAAAUGAUGUUUCUUUUAGUAGCCAAAAGUAUUAUACAUAGAAAUAGAAAUGUUCUUUCAAGUGUGUCAACCAACCAUGAUCAGAUUAGCAUAUGUGUGCUCAGUGGGCUGGCCUUGGUCCUCAGGGACAGUGCUGGACUCCAGUGGUCUACCUAACUACUAGUCCCUUGCCUGGGGGCAUCUGGGACCACUACUGGUUUUAGUGACACAAUGUUACAUCGAAGUUACGCUUCAUUACUUGCUGGAUUUUCCUACUAAUUGUAGCAUUUCAAUUAGAUCCAACCUCUUAAUGAAAUUAUGCAGAAAUGGACAAUAUCUUUUAUUGAUCUGUUCUUUUGGAAACUGUCAUACACUAUAAAUUGUGUAGUUAAAAAAUAUAUAUUCUUACAUGAGUAAAAAGCACCCUCUCCAGCAAUUGUAUAUCAUUGGUAUUUGAAGAGAAUUCCCAAAUAACCCAUUGCUGCUGCUGCUGUUUUUGAUCUGUGUGGGGUUUUUUUUUUCGUUGUGUUCUGUUUGUUUUUGUGUGGUAAGUUGAUAUUUUAAGAAAAAAAGAGAAAAAACACGACUACUGUUUACAGACUGAAAAAUUGCUUUUUAUACUACUGAGAUCCUAAGUUAAGACUCCAAAGCAAACAUUUGGUUUAAAUCAUUUAUCUGAUGUGGAUAAAAGGUAGAUGAAUUUUUAGUGUUCUCCACAUAAUGGAAAAUGUACAAGUGCUUAGUGUUACCCAUUAAUUUUGUGUAUUUUCAUACUUUUAAUUGUUCAAAAUUGCAUUAUAUUUUGCAAUCACUAUGUUCAGUCUGGAUUUGUCUUUCAUUUAAACAUUUAAUAUAAAAAGAGUUUCAGUGUC